GGGAGUAUUAUUUAGCAAAGGAUCUGUUACAAUGGAGACAUCAGUGGCUUCAUUUGUGAGCAGCUUCCUCGGGUGUGUGAUGGGGGAGCCUCCAACACAGCGCCAGACUGAAGUGUUCAUGGCUGUAGCACGGAGAGCCGACUUUGAGAAGCUGACCCAAGGAGACUUUGUCAUCCCACUGAACUCCCCCAAGCUGAAGAGUGUUGCUGAUGCUGCCACACCUUUUGGAAAACUUCUCCUGAACCCCACUGAGGAGAACAUCAAGUUGGUUGAGCAAACCUUGGAGACGUGCAGGCCACCAGUGGGAAAAAUUGUGGUGUUGAACAAUAUGCUGCGAAUUCACUUAGUUAGAGUGCAGGUUAUGAAGACUUUCCUGCCGAGGAUUGCCAAGGCUGGCCUGAGAUAUGGUGCCUGCAAGUUACUGCAGCAGCAGGUCCCCAUCACAGUGACACACAGGACACUCGACACAAGCAGCAGCCUGAGGAACAUGCGUGGUGCCAAGCUGGCAAACCACCUGAGUAGCCUCCUUGCCUUCUGUGGUGCCGAGGUGAACAGGAGGGAGAAGCAGAACAGGGGUGGCAAAGGAACUAGUAAGGACUUUAUGAAGGGCGAUGAUGAACAUUGUGAACCUCAGACAACCCCAGUGACUGAAGCACACCAUCCAGAGCAAACACUUGUAGAAGCAUCUAUGGGGAACAAAAGACACUCUGAUAAGGGCCAUGUGAAGUAUAGACAAGGCAGUGAGGUGAGAGAGAAGAAGCCACACAUUGAGACAUUAAGAUCACACACUAGAGAGGAUGACAGUGUGAAUGCAGCACCAGACACCACAGAAGCAGAGAUGCAUGUAGUAUGUACACUGCAGACUCAGAAUAUACUAGAAACUCAACCCCAGUGUGUGAAAGAGGAAACUGAAGCAUCCGUGACUGGUGAAGGAAUACCAGCACAAGAAUCUUCACACACCCAAGAUGUAUCAGAGGAGAAGGACGAGGUGGUGUCAGAGGUGGAGUUUGUGGUCACCGACAGCAUGAAGAGAGUGAAGGACGGGCCCUGGGUGUAUCAGUACGGGGGUGUGGUGGAGGUCAGGACUGGGGGCGCUUGGGCUGGAUCUGUACAGGAGUAUUGUAGAAUACUUGUGGAGGAGCUGAAGCGAACCUCGGAGAUGAGACAGAGGGACAUGGACGGCCCCGAGUGGGUGGCCCUCCUGGAGAAGCAGGCAGGGAGGUGCCUCACUCUGCAGCUCCUCUCACCCACACACUCCAACCCGCUGAGGGUGGAGGUGGAGGGUGACACACACAACACUAAAGAGGCGUCAUUCAUGCUGUACAACUACGCCCGCCUGUGCUCCAUAUUUGACCACUUUGAGCAGUGUGUCCAGCAGGGGGAUGUGGCGCCGCUGCCUCCUGUUGAGGACGUGGACUUCUCCCUCCUGAGGAAUGAUGAGGAGUGGGACCUGGUGUGGCUGUACCUCCUCCGCUGGCCUGAGAUUGUGGAGGAGGUGGCCGUGGGAGUGGUGGGUGGAAGCAGGAGACCCAAGACAGCACACAUCAGUCGCUUCCUCUACUCCUUGAGUCACCGGUGGAGUGAGUACUACUGCAGACACCAGGUGCUGUCGGAGGGCUUCCUGCCGCACCUCCUGCCCCUCAUGUAUGCCCGGCUGCACCUCCUCCAGGCACUCUCCACCCUCAUGCGCACCUGCUUUGCUGUCCUUGGGGUGGACUCUCUGCCAUCCUACAUGUGAACCUGCAAGGGAAGGGAAUUUCAAGGUUGAUUCUUUUUCUGUUUUUCAGUUUUUACUUAAAGCCAAAAUGUGGAAGUUUUCGCUAUUUUUCAUUUAUUUGCUAUGAAUAUAUUUUUCUAUUUAUUUGUGAGUGGUGAAUAACUGAUUUCUUUUUUGUUUAGAGAGCAUCAAGAAGUACUAUGUUCUCAGUCUUUGCACACAGCUUAGUGAUGGUUGAGUUUCAGUUACUGCCUCUGUCUCUGAGGUAAAUACAUUGGGUUAGAACAUGGCAGCAGUGUUCCUCCAUCCUGGCUGAGGAGUGUGGCCACCCUCUCUGCCUCAGGGUAUUUUUUGGGGUAGGAUAAAGUCUCAUGUGAGUAAUUAGUUAAAGUUUUUUUUUUAUGUUUGCAUCAUUGUCAUUAUUAGAAAAAAAGUUGGUACUCACAGAUGAAUUAUUUAAUGUUACUCCUUGUGUCAAGACAGUGAUUAACUUUUCUUCAGUGAAAGGAAGGGUGGCUGAGGAUGAUAAGAGAGUUCUUUUCCAAAUUGUUUGAUAAAAUCCUGUGUAUUCCAUUUAAUUUUUUUUCUGUGCAACAUAGUUUGUGAUGAUCAGAAAUUGUGAUAUACCAUUUCAAAGGUGUUUGUAUUGUAAUGAAAAAUAAAACCAUUGACUUAUAA